AUGGCGAGAAACGACAUCUGAUGAGAAAUCAUCACAAUUGUUGGUGUCUAGGAUCAUCAUCAUCAUGGCUCGUCACUAAAUUGACCCGAAUCCUUUCAUCAAUUGAUUAUGUAUCGUAUAUCUCGCGUUGUCUGGCCCGCUAAGGGUGCCUUAUCCUCCAUCUCUUCAGUUCCACCCCAUAGCCAUGGUCCUGGUGGGCGUGCCUCCGUUCUUACCGCGGUUCAUCCCGGUGUCAUGGCACCCUCUGCCCAACAAAUUGCCUUGUAUUCCGCGGAUAAACGGCCCGGAUUUUUUGGCAACAUCCUCAAGAAUAUUAAAGAUGAAUACUCCAAGAAUCAAGAUAUGCAAGAAUCGCUCAAGAAGUUCCGGGAAGAGGCCAAACGAUUGGAGGAUUCCGAAGCUUUGAAAGAGGCUCGACGGAAGUUUGAGAACAUUGAGGGCAAAUCUCCGGAGAUCAAGGGCAACGUGUUCAAGCAACAUGUCUCUGGAUUGGCCGAGAAAGUCAAAGGCACAUUGGAUGAAGUCUCCAAGCAUGAGAGCAUCAAGAAGGCCACCGAAUACACGGAGAGCUUUGGUAAACGAGCAGAGGGGGCAGCCAAGGCCAUGGGAUCAGCGGCGGAAAAUAUUGGUCGUUCAGGGGCCUUUAAAGUGGCUUCGAGUUCGGCCUCGACUUUAAAAGAUGAAUUGGAAGGCCACUCUUUAGGCGGGCGUGUCUAUUCAGCGCCCGCCUCUUUGAGGAAACGCAAGGACUAUGAAAGGACGGAAGGCGAUGCCGCCACGAUCGAAGCUAACAUUGAUGCCACGGGGGUGGAACUCCAUAAGGACUCGAAAUUUUAUCAGAGUUGGCAAAACUUCAAAGACAAUAAUCCCGUGGUUCACAAAUUUGUGGACUACCGCAUGAAAUACGAGGAAAGUGAUAACCCCCUGGUUCGAGGCGCCCGCAUUGUCACGGACAAAGUUCAAGACAUUUUUGGGGGUCUCUUUAGUCGGACUGAGCUCUCGGAAGUCUUGACGGAGAUUGUCAAGAUGGACCCUAAUUUUUGUAAGGAGCAGUUUCUGAAGGAUUGUGAGCGCGACAUUAUUCCCAAUAUCUUGGAAGCCAUGGUUCAGGGGAACUUGGAGAUUCUUCAGGAUUGGUGCUACGAGGCCCCUUACAAUGUGUUGGCUACGCCCAUCAAACAGGCCCAACAGUUGGGCUAUUUUUUCGAUUCCAAAGUGCUCGAUAUUGAAAACAUUGACUUGAUCAUGGGCAAGAUGAUGGAACAAGGACCUGUCCUGGUGAUCAGUUUCCAAUCCCAACAAAUUUUAUGUGUUAGGGACGCCAAAGGAAAUGUGAAAGAGGGUGACCCGGAAAAGGUCAUGUCUGUGGCUUAUGUAUGGGUGUUAUGUCGAGAUCAAACGGAGUUGGACCCGAGGGCGGCUUGGCGAUUGCUUGAACUCUCGGCGAGUAGUACGGAACAGUUCUUGUGAUUCACUUUUGAAACGCCGUGUUCAUUUGGGGAGAUGUUGGGAAAGGGGGUGGGGGGUUUGACGGCCAUAUUUUGCCUGAGCCAAAUUACAUUUUAUGGAUUGAAAUUGAAGACAGUGGGAGGAGGUGUGAAUUAUACAUGGACAUGGUCGUAUCUGUUCAUUUAUUACCGUUUAAUCGACUUUGCACUUUUUCCAUCAGUCUUAUUUUUUAUGAGCGAACUAUGUGUUCUAAAUGAAUUUUUCGGUCAUGAACCAUCUUUUAUAGGUGCAAAUUUAGCAACUCUAAAACAGUUUUUACUGGCUUUCUCUUUGAUAUUUGAGGUAUCAACGUUUUAAUGAUUGCCGUCAAAGGCAAGCAAUGAUACGCGUAGAUGAAUCGAAGCAAAGAUUUCACAUUUCUUCAUUUUUUAAAUUUUGAUUCCAGAAAAGACCCACUCGUAUCAUGAUGUUAAUAUUUUUGGGGGCUUGUGUGUUAUAGACCAACAGACUUUUUCAUCAUAGAGAGAUACCACAUGUCUUGGUUAAAACUCAUCGCAAGUUGUUUCUCCUCUGGUAAAUGGACCAUCAAACUGAAUACCACAUUGACUUCACAAGACGUAGUUCCCAAAAAAAAU